AAGGAGGAGGAGGAGGAGGAGGAGGAGGAGCAGGACAGCGCACCACCCACAGAGAAAAACUCUCCUCACGGAGACUCACUGUUUGAAAGUUUUUAUGUCUGAUGGCAGCUGAGGGAGCUGCAAAGAGAGACAUGAGAACUUAGUCACAUGACCUUCAACAGGAGACGACACAGACCAAGAUUCCUUCAUAUUUAAAGCUCAGCCGGUCUAAGAGGUGCAGACUCGCACCAGUGCAUCAUGGGAACGUCUUAAGUCCAUAACGACACAGACCUGAACACUUCUGUCCACUGGUUCCACCUCCAAAGCACCCACGCAGCAUGCUGGCCAGGUUAUCCCAGGGAAGGGGCUCUCCGAGUGGGGCAGGGGGGCUGCUGCUGCUCCCUCUGCUCCUGGUACUGAUGAUGAUGAUGAUGAUGGAGGCAGCGAGUGUUGAAGAGGUGGACAGUGAGGAGAGCCGGGAGAUCCUGGAGGAGGACGAGUCCGUCAGCACUGAGAUCCUGGAGCCGCUGUCCUCUGAUCUGUCCCGAGUGUCUCCUCUCAGCUCCUGGUUGAUCUUCAGAAGAAACUCCAACAAGGGGGACAACCGGAGAACCAAAGGGUCCAGGAAAACCUCCAAGCACGGCCUUCCAGGCCCUCCAGGACCUCCAGGACCUCAGGGGCCUCCAGGGCCCCCCGCCUCCCUACAUCCCCAACAACAGGAGCUCAUCCAGGAGCUGCAGCUAAAACUGAGAGACAUGGCAGCAGGAGUGUGUUUUCUGUGUGAUCGUCCUCCUCAUGUGUCCACCUCCUUCCUCCGUCGCCUCCUGCAGGCUGUCAUCGUCCCACGACGCAGCCUGCUGGAGCUGCAGCCGUUCAGCCAGCCCUCAGACUCAGAGCGGAGCCUCCAGAGGGGUCAGAGCUUCAACACCAGCACCGGCCGAUACACAGCACCCGUCUCUGGCUUCUACCAGCUGACCGCCAGCAUCCUGAUAGAGUCAGGUGACAGAGUCCAGGUCCGGAUCAGAGACAGUGUGAGAGCAGCGAUCUGCAUCGAGUCACUCUGCCAGAGCAACCUCUCUGUAGAGUCUGUGAUGGGCGUGGCAGCUGCUGGAGGAACAUUCAGCAUCUUACUGACAGGAACGCUUUAUCUACAGGCUGGAGAGUACGUGUCGGUGUUCGUGGACAACGCCACCGGCUCGGCCGUCAGCGUCCUGCAGGCCUCUCUGUUCUCCGGGAUGCUGCUGGGAGUCUGAACACACGCAGCCAACGAGCAUCAGCGCAGACGCAGACCUGCACAAACACAGACUUGCUGUUCUACAGUGAUUUCUCCGUGAGGGAAGAGACGUUUGACAUCAGCAGCACCUGAGCAGGACAGGACUCCUCCUGGAUGUUAGCGCACACAGAACGCGCUGAUCGAUCACCGUGUGACCAGGGCUGCUUCAGAGCCCGCUUGGAUCAAUUCACCUGAUUAGACUGGACCAGGUCAGAUCUGGGUUCAGAGGACCAGGAUAAGUCAGCAGGCACAUGUGAUGCAGAACGGCUGCGAGUCAACAACACCUGCAGGUUUUCUCAGAAAGGUGUAAGAUUUAUGGGACGGGGAGGACAUUUCAGUGUCUGUUGACAUGCUGGACAACAAUCUGCUCUGCUCUCAUUCAGCAGGAAAAGCUUUAGAGCUGAAUAUGAAAUGUUAAACUCGACUUACACACUUUUUCCUGGACGAGCAGAGACUGUGACGAAUGAGCAAGAAGACUUGAUGCCAGCUGAAACCCUCGCUCACUUUCCAUGGAGAAGUCAGCAAGGACCCCGAGUCUGUCUGUCUGUCUGCCUGUCUGUCUGCCUGUCUGUCUGUCUGUCUGUCUGUCUGACUGUCUGUCUGACUGACUGUCUGUCUGACUGUCUGACUGUCCUGACUGACUGACU